AAUUGAGUCCCGCGUAGUUCAAAUGUUAUUGCAAUUUUGUAAAAAAUAAGCAGUUUACAAUUUGCGGUUUUCUUUCACUAAAAUCCCCGCGAUCAUCUCAGAAUUGAACGUUGUAGUAUCGCCAAAGAAAUUUUUGGACAGAAUAAGUUAAAUGGCAGUGCCGCUAGAUCAGGUGAAAGCUCUGCAUGAAGCUGGGCUGUUUUCGAGCUCUAGGAUGUUGGUGAGUCUGUUUAAUUGAUUUUGCGUUUGUGCUACGAUUUGGAGAUAAGAAAAUUUGCCGAAUCUAUGUAAAAAAUGUGACAGAGUCGGGGCCUUCAAGAUUAGACGACCUCCAAAAAUCCUUGAUGUGUUCGAGGUCAGCUGCUUGAGGGCGAAGCGUUCACACUGUUAUUUGUGCAAGCCUUCUUAAGCCCAUCGCUUUCAAAAGAAAUUUUUUUGGAAACUAUUUUAGUAGGUAGUAACGGCAUCAUAAACGUUGUCACAUAGAUGUCCCACACUUAUAAAAUUUUCAGCAUUUUCUGGAGCUUAUCUAUCGGAAUUAAAUUUCAUUUCAUCUUUAAUUUGCUAGGAGGAAGAAAUGUAGUGUAACGGUUAUGUCUAUGUCAACAGAUCUUUUUAACUCAUAACUUGAGAUUUUUUCCCCAUUUUCAGGCAAAUUUUUUGUUGUCUGCAACUGAGCAUAGCAAUCAGGAUAAAUAUGAUCUUAGUCAUAUGGUUAACAAGUACCAACUGUUGGUGUAUCUCGCUGAUUCGUUGUUUGAUGAUGAGCAAUACAAAAGAGCAGAGGUAUGCAAGUUAAAAUAAAUACAAAAUUUUUAUCAUGAUUACUCAUAUGAUUACAUGCGAUUAUGCCUUGCUGCUGCCUCGGUUUAAGUCAUUUCUUAGAUACAGUUAAGAGAAACAUUUCCUUCUCUACGCUUCCCAUUAUUAGAAAGUAGAACCCUUAAACUCCUAUUGUCCAGAUUGACCAAGACAGAAUUUCUCCUUACAAUAUCAAUACAGUAUCAGUAUUCAAGUGAUGAGAAUAACAACAAAUAUCUCUAGGAGAUUAUAAGUUGAUCCCAUACUAAAAUUCCCUCAACUAAAGUCAUAAGAAGUGUAUGACAGACAGUAAGGAGAAUUUUUAAUAAGAUCUUGAGAGUGAAAGGGUUAAUAAUGUGACUUUGAAACAUUGAAUGCUUCAUGUCAAGUUAAUUUUAUUAUAUUAUUAUUUUUUAAUAAUUAUGCAUCUUUUGCCUCUAAAGCAAUUUUACACCAGAGCUUUACAAUUAAAGAAAACUAUCAUCAAGCACAAACCAAAAGCAAGUCCACCCUUGGUAAGAGUUUUAACAUUGCAAAGUAAAAUUUGAUCAUGUCAUUGUUUAUGUGUUAAUUCUAUAAGCUUUACAUCGGCUGACAAUUGUAUGAUUUGGCAGUUCUGUUUGCUUUUAAUUUUUAGGGUUUGUUGUCAGAGGUUGAAGUAAAAUACAAAAUGUCACAGUGUUAUUUACGUCUCAAGGAACACAAAGAAGCAACAACAAUAGUAUGUACUGUAAAGCUGUAUUCCUUUGGGGUGAAAAAUCAAUGGUGGGAUCUUUGGAUUAUGUCUCUGGGCAAGAUGAUGUACCAAGAUUGCAGUAGCCUCUUUGCACUGAAGUUUAACCAGCUAUUUUGGAAACAGUUUGACUUUGUAUUGUCAUAACUAAUGAAACAUUUUGCUGUUUUUUCAACAGCUGGAAGGGAUAUCCCAGAAACAAAGAUCACCAAAGAUAAAUAUGUCUCUGGCUAAACUAUAUCAAAGACAAGGCAUGGAGAGGUACUAUUCACAGGUCAUCUGGAUUGCAUCCAGACAUGGUGGUCAUAGUGUGAACAGAAACACUUUUUAGAUGUUUCAUUUGAUCAUUUCUGAGAAUUUGAAGAGUAUGAUUUGAAUUACUAGCUGGGACAAUUUGAUCAAUAUAUUUCCAGGGGGGGUUGAGUGGUGAGCCUCUUUUGACUACUAUGGGAAGGAAUAUUAGUGCCUUAGAACAAUUGAAUUUGUAACCACAUUCCUAUACUGUACCUCUUUUUAUAAAACCAAGAUGAAAUUAAUUUUGAGUUUGUUCUACAGGUCUGCUAUUUCAUGUUACAAGGAAGUUUUGAGGUAGAUUUUCUUUAAAGUACUCCCUUUUUUUGUUGAGUUUGAAUGCCAUGGAUAUGGAGGUUUGCAUUAAAAUACAAAAGUGCUGUAUGUUCCACCCCACUCUCUGUCAAAAGAAACCUCUGAGUCAAUAAAUUUGGAUAAAAUACAUGUAACUUGAACCCAAAAUCUUAAACUUGUACUAAUCCACCAAAAAUUGCCAAGGAAGCAGCCAUCAGAGUUUAACUGGUGAGACACCACUGACCUUUUAGAAUGAUACUGAUUGCCAUGUGUUGUAAAUUUAAGGGUGUGUCCUCUAGCUCUUGAUGCUGUGAUUGGCUUGUUGUCGUUGGGUGUUCCUGGCUCUGAAGUAACUUCGCUUACUGCCUCAUCAACUCCAGGAAUGGACUGGUAAAACAUUUGUUUGAAAUUAGUUCUUUGUUGUUCUUGGUUUGAUGAAGAGGUGUGGAGUUUGUUAAGUUACCAGUUAUUUGUAAAUUAACCCUUUAACUCCUAUGAGUGACCAAGACAGAAUUUCUCCUUACAAUAUUAAUACAAUAUCAAGCAAACAAGUGAUGAGAAUAAAGAAAAAUAUAAAUUGAGGGAUUUUUAGCUGAUCCAAUACCAAAUUCUCCCAACUAACAUCACAAGAACUGUAAGGCAGACAGUAAGGAGAAUUACUGAUGAGAUCUUGGGAGUUUAAGGGUUAAUAAAGAAAGGGUUCUAUCAUGGCUCUGAACAGUAUCUUCAAAUCUUUAUUUGUGCUCAUCAGGCUGGGUUCAUGGAUAAAGGCACAAGUGUUAGCAGCAUCAGGGAAGCAUGCAAGUGAGCUUAUUGGCAAUGGUUGUCAAUUUUUGUGCCUUGACAGACAGUGUCUUUGCUUUGCUUUUAAUGAUCACAGUUUCCUUCCAAACUUGUGGUUUCAUGAAGGAAAUUUUUGUUUUUAUGAACAGGAGGCCUAUUUUUACAUCAGGAAAUUUCCUUUUUUUCUUUUGAAUUUUCUCUGGCUCUUUGUGAUAUUUUCCUUUGUUCUGAUUGGGCAUUCUAGUUACUUACAUUUAAAUUUUACAAACUCAAUUACAGAGUGCUCCUUGAUACUCGCAUGUCUCAGUCAGAGGCACAAACCAAGUCACAUACCCUUGGUGGGGAGUUUUACUUGCAAUUAUCUUUUAGAGAUUUCUUUGCCAAAUAAAGGAAUUUGCCAAUGCUGUAUUUAAUUGUUAACUUAAAAAAGAAUUAAAUCAUAACCAAGUUUCUUCUCUCCAGAGGGGGCUCAAGCACUGAAGAGCUUGGAAACACAGGUGAACAACUGGUGGAAAUUUUUUAAUUUUUAUUUGUAACACAAAUGUGCCCUUAAUUUUUAAUUUUAAGGAUGUUGAUGUAUUUUUUAAUUUUUUUUUUGUUAUAGAGUUUGCGUGAUAAUGUGGAAUUACUUUGUAAUGCUGCAGAGAUGUUUUACAAUGCUGGAGAUUACAAAAAUGCAAAGUCUUUCUUCCAAAGGGUAACUCAGACAUAAUGUUUGCAUUGUACAUGUACGUCAGGGUAAAUUGUUCCAGAAGCAACUGGUAAUUUACUAAUUGGAAUCCAAUCAUAACAGACAAAUCAUAUGAGCUGCAGGUGUAUAGUCUUUGACAAAGUAGUAUUGUUAUGUUGUUAGAAAUGUUUUACUCUUGCUGGGCAAGAAAAAACAUCUGAAAUCCAGCUCGUUUGUUGGAAUGUAAACAUAACGAGAAAGUGUGCUUGCCCUCAAUGACUGGACAGAAGCCCUGGAUUGAGUUUGACCUAAUCCUGUCUUCUUGGAUUCUCUUCCUAAAGAUUUCCUGUCUUUAUUGAGUUUUGAACCUAAUAUUUUGUUAAUAGGUUUUUUUUGGCAACAGAUGGUGAAGCAGGAGGCUGAUCAGCAAAUGUUCAUUAUAACUCUCAGUCAAUUCAUCUGAUCUUGCAGCCAGCUUUCUUCCUUGAUCAAGCACUUAUCCCAUGUGCUUGUGGGUUGUUGCUUUUAUUUUGUUUUAUUUUUUGUUUAUUUUGGACUAGAACUGAAUCUUUCCUCCUCCCCUCUCUCCCAAUCCCUUUCCUUCCCUUUUCUUCCCACCUCUUCUCUCCCCAUCCCUCUCCUUCCCUUUUCCUCCCCCCCUUCUCUCCCAAUCCCUUUCCCUUUUUCUUUUUCUUCCCAUCCCCCCUCUUUUCCUCCCCCUUCUCUCCCCAUCCCUCUCCUUCCCUUUUCCUCCCCCCCUUCUCUCCCCAUCCCUCUCCUUCCCUUUUCUUCCCACCUCUUCCCUCCCCAUCCCUCUCUGAUGAAAUUGUUCUCAUUUUUGUCAAAUAUAGGCUCAUUCACUGGACCCAUUUACUGUCCAAGGUAUGGACAUUUAUGCAUUUUUGCUGUCACAUAGUGGAUGCAGUGACAGUGACAGGCUGGAGAAGUACGUACUAAAUGAAUUAUUGCUUUUCAUGUAAACUGAAACCUUUAAAUGUAUAUGUAAGAGAAAUAUACAAUGGAGGGUUCCAAAAGUGUAUGUAUUGCAACUCAGCGUAAUGUUUCUGAUGAAUAAAGGCAGUAAGUUUGUAGUGCUGUGUCAGUAGGGGAUAUUAUGAGAUAAUAUGGUUUAUCAACUGAGUGGAUAAUGUAAAUUGGCAACCACUUUUAAUCAAAAACUCUUUACAGCAGUCAAUUUACUUUAACAACUCAGUUGAUGAAACCAAAUUAUGUUUCUUAUGUUUAUAAUCUGGGACCAAGUGGUGUUAUGAAUGUCAAUUUGCACUGUGACACAGUUGAUGUAUUUGGGUGAUAAACAAAUUAUAUCAUUCUUUCACUAAGGUUGACAAAUUUUGAUCUAAACCUUUUAUACCCUAAAUCAGUGUACAAGUUCUCCGAACUGUUCUCUAUAAAUUUCCUAUGGCACUUGCAAGGAGAAUUUGUCCAACAAUCUAGGGCUACUUGAGUUUGUGAUCUUUUCUCAUAUUUAUUUUAUUUGUACUCAAUGUUUGAUUCAGGUGAGAACUUAGCUGCUGAUCACUCCUAGGGGUUUGAGGGUUAAUGUGGCUUUUCAUGCACAGUUUUUCUUUCUUCUUUUUUUUGUGGAAAGAACGGGCAAGUUAUCAUGAACAUGAAGACCAACCUUAGGAAAAUAAAAAGACAAAAACCUUUUGAAGAUACCUGUGUACAAUCUCGAGUCUUAUGGUGGUCGGCUGUUUGCCUUGGCUUCAGCGGUGUUGUGGAACUCCCUCCCACAGUCAUUAAGAGACUUGCAAUUAGUUGAAACUUUUAUACGGAAACUUAAAGAACAUUUAUUUUUACCGGCUUACGUAGAACGUUGAAUUUUCAUUGUUGUUGUACUUUUUAUAAAUAAUAUUUAUAAUUUCCCUCCUGUGAAACGUUUUUGGACCACUAGGACAAGAUGCUAUAUAGAUUUUUUUAUUAUUAUUGGUAUUAUUAUUAUUAUUAUUAGACAUGAUUGUGUUUAAAGAGACCUGUGUAUUUGUUUUUUUUUUCCUUCCAGGUUAGCUAAAGACUUGAUUCAAGUGACACAACUUAAACCAGAGCCAUGGAUUGCAAUGGGCCAUUUUUGCAAUGCUACAAACCGAGAGCCCAGAACUGUCUACUUUGCAGAGAAGGUUAGCAGCAUCUCAGUGAUUGGUUUUUUGCUGACUUCAGUAAACAAUAACCCUACGCUUAUUGCUUUUGAUUUUUAAUUCUAUGCUUGUAACUUUUAGGCUCACACUAUCGACAGUCGUAAUGUACAAGCACUUGUUUUGAAAGGUACGGAUAACUGGAAACGUAGGAUUUCUAUGUGAAAAAGAGAUUUCAUGUUGUCAGGCGUCUGUUCACUUGUAGAUCACAGAUGACGUUAAAAUGUGGUAAGAUGAAAAAGGGGCACACGAGGUGCAGCGGAGUGUACCACUGUUGUCGCGAACAUUAACAUUAGCGUGAUCGUAUCUGUAGACAAUUUCGCGUCAUUGAAAGACUCACUAAUUCCUAUAUUCGUGUCUGGAGUUGAACUUACAUGCAUUUUUUGUUUGUCAUUGUUUAAAGCAUAUUUCAAGUUGCUUAUACACCAGCCGUUCUGAUAUUUCUUGCAAUGUUUUCAGCGAGUUUAUUACAAGCGUUGGAGAAGCAACAGGAGUCCCUGCUGCAUUUCCGCGAGGCAGUGAAGCUGGCUCCGUGGAACUUUGAAGCACAGAAAGGUAUUUCUCUCCAUAGUUUCCUACCGUUGAAGCUCUGAAGUAGAGAUAUGGCGAGAUACUUCUCGUGUUUAAGGGUACAUCGUAUUUCCUCGAGUAAACGCUCAGGUGCUUAUAUAAAAUUUCGGCUAAAAGUUGGGUGGGGAGUGCGUUUAUUUGGAGGAGGACGCUUAAUAAAAAGAGCGCCUAUUAAGAUUGCACUGUAACAAGAAGAAAAUCAAAAGAACCGAUAACACACAGAGAGAACUCUGCAAGCACGUAGAGAUAGAAAUAACCGGAACGUUAAAGAGAGUAUUCUUCUCUACUGAUUCCGCUGUAGUUAAAGCUUAAAAAGUUAUAAAUUUGUAGCAAUAGAAACAGGUUUUCCUUGUAUCCCUACUAUUUAAGAAAGUGAGGGGGGAGGGGGGCGCGGUUAUUCGAGGGGGGGAGGAGGGUGAAAUUAUGGCCUAGGGGUUGGGUGCUUAUUCGGAGGAGGGCGCAUAUAAGAGCGUUGGCGCAUAUUCGAGGAAAUGCAGUAUGCUAUGUGUUCAGUUAGAAAAGAAUGGUACAAGAGAGUAGACGGAAGACCGAUCGCUUCAGCACUUUUCUUAUCUCCAAAUUUAUAAAUCAAUGACCUUAGACUGAGAAUGGAUACGUGUUCCUAACUAUAGAUAAUAAGAUAGGAUGGCUCUUGUCUUGGUCGGUAUUGCUGCAGAAGUAAAGCUGAUCAUCAACGAAGACUUAAAAGAGCUGUUUAACGACACUCACUCGAAAAACGCUCUUUUUCUUUCACCAAUUAGGUCUUGUUGAGUGUUACAUGUCUGCAAAACGACAUAAGGAAGCCUUAGCCGUGGCAAAGAACGCCCACAAGACUUUAGGAGCCAAUCCACGGACGUUAACUGUAAGAUAAUUUUCUAUGGUGAACCGUGAGCUCCAGAGUUCUGAUUGGUACUACAAAUCUUCCUUCUAAUUGCUAUUCAUUUUUUAAAUUUCUUUCGUAGCUUUAUGCUUCAGUUAUGGCUCAUGAACCGUCUCAAUACGAUAAAGUAAGUAAAAUUGUACGGAAAAACUAUUCACUAAACCUUCUUCCCCGUAAUAACUGACCAUGAUACUACGUAAAUUGUAUCUAUCAAAAUUUUAAAUGAUACUUAAGUUACCCUUUGACAUCAGACGAAGAACAGCCCUUGCCAAGAAUUUCCAAACGUGGAAUUCCAGAGAUUCAACUUGUGGGCCAAACUCGAACAACACUGAGAUCUCAAAUCCAUAAGAAUUUUUUGCACGGAUUACUUGUGAUCAUUCAGUAAAAAGAAUCAAACCUUUUCGGGUACUUUAUGAAGUCCUAACGAUUUGAAUGCGCUUAUACAAGGCCACAAGUAUGCUGGAAAAAAGUUUGGCUCAAGACGAUACUUAUACAGAUGCUGUAUGUCUGUUGGCGGAAAUCAUGGGCAAGAAGCAGGAAUACGACAAGGCUAUUGCUCUGUAAGUUUGCAUUGAUGACCUACUCAUUCUAAGAGGUGAUCGAUCUCCUAACUUAUCGAGAUGGAAAGUCUUUUUGAAAGAAGUUGUACCCUCGAACUGUGCAAAAGUCUGGGUGGAGAAGGUUAGAAACUCACGUGGCAAGAGUCAGUAUACUGUGACUCCAGUAACUCUCCAACCUACAUGUACAGUGAGUGGCAAAAAUAGUUGGCACGCCUCUCCUCAGUAGGUAGUCGACAACCCCCCACCUAACAUUAUAACCAGAAAUCUUAUAAUUUAUGUCUAAAAAGUUUCUUGAAAGUUCCCCCCCCCAAAAAAAAAAAAAAAAAAACAAUGUUGCCUGGAGGUGACCUAUUUUAACACCAGCAGCAACAGCAGCCAACUUAACAAAUCGACAGUGAUUUAGUGUGGUUUGUACUCUUACACACAAGGCCACUCGCAAGGAAAAAUCUUUUAUUAGUGUUUUUUGUAAACGCCACCUCUUUGGCUGGGUUCCUAAUCAAGGGUUUCGGUUAUUUUCCAGUUUACGUAAACACAUGAGUCACGACCGUACAGCGCGACUGCACCAGCUGUUGGGAGAUUAUUUAGCUCUGACAAAUAAUUAUCAGGAGGCACUGGACCAAUACACACAGGCAUUGAGGUGAAAUGAGUCCCGUAGGGAAGCUGAAGCGGAGACAUUAUUGAGAUGCAGAAGUAGACUGAGAGAAGACUGUUUUUGCUUCUUGCGGGCGCUGACAUCAAACAAUCAACUAAAAUGUCCUUGUUGUAACAUUUUAUACCAAGCGCUUCGGAAAAAAAUUUGUCUUAAUCGCUAGAAAAAAAGAGCUCCUGACUUCCGGCUGUUGUCUGCGUCUCAAAAACGUCUGUGUUUAAGCUCCCUAUUUCAUCAGUAAUGGUAACUGUUCUUACAGGAGACUGGUGAAUUAAUAACGAACAACACAACAGUCUUCAGAGUCAGAAUUUAAUUGUUGGAAUUCAAGGAUAUACAAGAACCUUUACUGUGGAUGCUAAUCAGGAGUUUUUCUUUUUAUUUUAACGUGUCUAUGGUUAAAAACACAUCACUAACAAAGGGUAAUCACUCAAACUUUUCUAACAAAACGUUUUAUUCAAACAAACUUAUAAUAUUGUUUUUUUUUUUUGUUGAUGUUUGUAGCAUGAAUCCCGGGGAUAGUAAAGCGAUAGAAGGAAUGCAAAAUGUCGAAAGAGCAAACGGGGGAGAAAUGGAACAUGACAGUGGAGAUGAGGCCGAGGAAACAAACGGUGGAGUCAGUUUAGAAGAGGUACUUGUUGUUUGCCAAGUAUUUUAAAAAGUGACUCGUGAUGGUGAAAAGCUUAUUAAGUUUGCGUACGAGAAUGACACGCUAAGCUGCGUAUGGCUUAUCCCUGGUUUCCGGAGCAUAAAUCUUCCUCACUCAGGCAUAUCAGUAGGAGCAUUUGGUUAUCUUUUCUCAAUUGGACAAAUUAAUAAGUUUUCCUUCCUUAUCUUUCAAGGAGGAUAUUGAAGAUGAAGAGCCAUGGGCGCCACAAGAUAUUCGUGGAGCGGUUAGUUAACGCUUUUUUUUUUUAAUAGCUUCUUCAAGUAUUUGAAACUCGGAUUAAACUGGAAAUGUGUCUUCUUUUCGCUUGUGGUUUCUCGUAAGUAGUGGUAUGACCUUGUCUAUGAUAACCUAGGUGCAGUUCAGAGUGAGGGGUGUCUGGAUGUCUGUCUUGUUGUCUUGGACGUUGGUGUAGGAUCCCUUUUUUUUCCCCUUCAUUAACCCAGUAACAAGUAAGAUCUGACUAGUAUUUUCCCCUUCCAAUUACUGCACAUUUUCUGGUAUUUUAGUGAGGAGAAUUUGGUAAUACAUCCACAAAGCACCCCUGUAGAUGAUACAGUUGUCUUUUCUCAUCACUUGUUUGCCAUAAUAUGUAUUGAAAUUGUGAGGAGAGUUUAUGUUUUGAUCAUUUCUGGAAGCUAAAGGAUUAAUCGUAUAUUUUGACUGUUCUUCUUUUGCAGCUUUUCUAAUGCACCACGUCCUUCAAGCAUAUGUUCUCCUUUGGGCGUGAAAUUUUUUUUCGUUGUCUAAAAUAGAUUUUACCAUCUUUAAAUAAAUACAUUUAGAAAAGUAUUGCCCCUGCCAAAUUGGAUUUCAUGGCUUUUUUUUUCAGGGCACGAAAAUGUUGGCAUGUAUUUUUUAGUGAACACGAAGGGAAGGUUUCGUUCGUUUUCAAAAUUGUAAAAACAAGUGAAAACAAAAUAAUAACAACAACGAUAACAGUUAAAGGUGAUAGAGCUUUUAAAAAAAAGGAAAACGAACCGUUACCCCUUCUCCCUGACGAACCGCCUUAUUUUGCUCAACCAUUUUAAACUUAAGAUUGGUAUUCACAUUUUCCACACUGUUUUCUCCACAUUUUCUAUGAUACUGACAAGGAGAAUUUGUUUGACAAUCAGGAGCUUCUUAAAGUGGUCAUCAUUUCUUAUAUUCUGGUGAACUUUACAUUUGAUACAAGGAGGCUGCUACCGUAAGGAGAAAGUAGAAGCCAGUCACUUUUGUGGAUUAAAGGGUUAAAAAGUUAAUUUUUUUUUUAGUGUUGUGUUUUCAGAAGCUGCAUUUUUGAAUAGUUUUUAUUUAAUUUGACUUUUCCUUUGACGAGGAAAUACAAUCCAAACAUUUCAAUAUUUCUGUAGGCUAUGUAGCAUCACAUUAACAUGUAAUGUGAAAAAAAAGCAUUUGAAACGUUUUGUAACCCUUUCUCAAAAAGAAAAGAUCACUAUACUUCCUUUUCAAGGAAAAGAAGUGUUUGAUAUCCCACAGUCUCUAAACUUGGAGGAGCUGUCGUUUUGGAAGCCCAAGUUGAACAAGGAAUUAGUUACCUUUCCCGCUAUUGGUUGAAACCUCCUAACCCCUAUCAGGUUGUCAUUGUUUAAGUUAUCUUCCAACAAAUUUAUUUGGGUAUUUUAGCGUUUCUUCAAGAGCCAUGAGUUCAUGCUUUCGUUGUAUCUUAUUGUUGUUCAUGUUACAUGUCGAGUUUGUACAUCAUUUAAUUUGGUCGUUUCAUUGAGACAGCCGCCGGACGAGUUACUUCUUCCACUGCGCUCAAGUUUCAUUAAAACAUGAAGAGCGAAUUCGAUCCUUUGUUAAUAUUUGCAGCAGGUGUUUUAACCUGUUUUGAAAUUCAAAUUAGACGUUUCCUUUCAGUUUUCUUGGUUUCUUCAAACAAUCCAUAUGUAUAUUUAAUGAGCAAACUUUGAGAUCUUCGCCAGACCGAAAGUUUUCAACUAAACUUCUGUCCUCAAUAACUAGAACUUCGCUUGAUUUACGACGCAUAGAACAGUAGAGAAACCAUUUCUUAAUAUCUAAGAAACUCGCUGAACAUAGACAAGACGAACGAGGCUCAUUCACUUGGAUUUGCAAAUAAUUUGGGAGAAUUUCUCGGAAAGAUAUCAGCAACAUGGGGAAAGACAUCGUUCUCGGUGAAGACUGGCUUAUCACGCUGUCUGUUAUUUACGGCCUGGGAGCUGUUUUGUCCGUCUGGGCGACUAUUUUGUCACCAAUGCUACUCGAUGUCUGGGAUACACCGCAAGGGCAGAAAAAGAAGACGGACCGAGAUUGGUCUACAAUAUUUUUGGUGCUUCUGUUACUGCAGCCCGUCACGUUUGCUGGAUCAGCAGUGGGAAUGUGGUGGAUCUCGGCCUUUGCUGUUGUUCCACCAGCUCAUUUUGUAUUGACGUUUCUAUCUUUCUUGGCGAUCGACUUCUUUCGUUCGGAAGACGAUGUUUUCAGUAAAUACAAAUACUCUGUUCUCUCGUGA